UGCCGGAAAUUAAAAGCAGAAAUUUGGUAGCACUACUCCAACAUGUUCUUUUUCUGGCGAACGCCAUUGCUGUUUAGUUCGGUGAUAGUUUUCCCGCAUAAAAAAAAUGGCUGAAGUAUCUGAAACUACUAGCGAAACCUUCGAGGAGCAACCUCCAAUUGAAACUGAGGGCGUUGACACAAUUUUGGACACACAUAUGGCAACAACGACUGAAUUGCCUGAAAUCAAGCUAUUCGGUCGUUGGUCCUGUGAUGAUGUGACAGUCAAUGAUAUUUCCCUACAAGAUUACAUUUCUGUCAAAGAAAAAUUCGCUCGCUACUUACCACACUCUGCUGGUCGUUAUGCUGCUAAGUGCUUCCGUAAAGCACAAUGCCCAAUUGUAGAACGCUUGACCAACUCAUUGAUGAUGAAAGGUCGCAACAAUGGUAAAAAAUUGAUGGCCUGUCGUAUUGUCAAGCACUCAUUUGAAAUUAUUCAUUUGUUGACUGGUGAAAAUCCAUUGCAGAUUCUCGUUAGCGCCAUUAUCAAUUCUGGACCACGUGAAGAUUCUACACGUAUUGGUCGCGCUGGUACCGUACGUCGUCAAGCUGUUGAUGUGUCUCCACUUCGUCGUGUCAAUCAAGCUAUCUGGUUGUUAUGCACUGGUGCACGUGAGGCUGCCUUCAGAAACAUUAAAACUAUUGCUGAAUGUUUAGCUGAUGAAUUGAUCAAUGCUGCUAAGGGUUCAUCUAACUCUUAUGCUAUUAAAAAGAAGGAUGAAUUGGAACGUGUUGCUAAAUCCAACCGAUAAACAUUUCGCGCUACACAUUCUUUUUGUGUAUUUUUUACACUAAUUAUAAAAUAAAAAUGAAAAUUUUUCAAAAAUAAA